AUGAAUAUGACUGUAAAUGAACGAUCAUUAAUCAUGUUCGAAGUGGAGAACGUUGUUCCUCCGAAGUUUGGUUGUUUGCGUUCUAUCAUUGAUAGCAUCGUCUGGCUCUGUCGCAGAAUUUAUUUCGGACCAAACGGAAACUACUACACCAACGAACCAGAUCUUCCACAUAUUCAGGAGCAUAUCCCGUGUCAUGCAGACAACUUCUAA